UUGGAUAGUUGGAAAGUCCCAGGCUUAUCCAUUGCUGUGAUCGAUGGCAACGAGGUCUUCGCUAAGGGAUACGGCUUUGCGGCAUUGCCUGAUAAGCCAGCCACACCGGAAACGCUUUGGUACGCCGCUUCGACUACAAAGGCACAGACUGCCGCUACCCUAGCACACCUGAUCGACUCUGGAAAGUACCCGGCUCUCGCCAACGGUUGGUCGACGACAAUCUCCUCUAUCAUUCAUGACGAUUUCGUGCUUCAGGACUCGUGGGCAACGGAGCAUAUCACACUGGACGAUGCUAUAAGCCAUCGCAUGGGGAUGGCAGCUCACGAUAAAGCCUACGCG